AUCCCUUACUUUUAGAUUGUAUCUCAUAUCUAUCUCGAGUAUUCAACACAGAAAAACCUUGUAGUACGCAGUACUGCUGAAAUAAAAUAAACAUGAGAGGAUUUCUCCCUCAACCCAUCUCAUUCCAUACACAACCCAUGGGUUCGCCAUAGCCAAAACCCAUGCUGUGCUCGCCGCGUGAUUGAGCCUCUCCACCGUCCUCUCUUCGCUGGUUCCCACGGGGUUAACCAUACGAUUUCUCGCUCAAUUUUGUUCUAAUCAAUCACCUUGCCCAAAUUCCAUUCCGGAAACGUGCCAUGGAGCCCGUGUUCUCACUGCUGGAGGAGGCGAUGCCCGAGCCCGACUCUAACCCCGGUCGGACCUCGCCGCCGCAGCUGCAGGCACACGUGCUCGCCGGAGGAGUCAGAGGAGCAGGAGGAGUGGGCGUCGGUGAGAUCGUUGGCGAUGGCGCGAUAGAAUUGUGCUUCGACAAGUCCAUGGAGGAGUCGUCGCUGCUCAACGUCCCCACGGAGCCAGUGGCGAACCCGGACGCCUCGACGCUUCACCCUAAUCCCACGGCGGAGGUGAGCCGCAAGAGGCGGUACGACGUUCAUGAGGAGGAGGAGGUGGUGGGGGUCAUCCCCACGCCGCCUGCGGCGGGCGCGGUGCUGGACCCCGUGGGCUACAACGCGAUGCUGAGGCGGAAGUUGGACGCGCAUCUCGCCGCCGUCGCCAUGUGGAGGACUACUCGAGGAAUUUGCCGACAAAGCUCCCAUGACAAUAGAGCAUCACAAAAUCCAGAUUCUAUCCAAGGCUCAGAAAAUCACACUGGAGAUGCUAGUGUGCAACAACUUAGCUCUUCCUCAUGGGAGCCAUCACCAUCGGAUGAUGAUAUGGAAGGGGAGGCACAAACAAUUGGAACUAUGAAUAUUAGUGCAGAGAAAGUGAACAAAAGAAAAGAAUCUAACCGGGAUUCGGCGAGACGCUCAAGGAGUAGAAAAGCAGCUCAUACGAAGGAACUAGAGGAGCAAGUCUCACUAUUAAGAGUUGCAAAUAACUCCUUGAUGAGACAUCUUGCAGAUGUAAGUCACAGAUACGUCAAUACCGCUAUUGACAAUAGGGUAUUGAAGGCAAAUGUUGAAACCCUAGAAGCAAAGGUAAAGAUGGUCGAGGAAACUAUGAAGAGAAUUACAUCCACCAACAAUUUCCCCCAAGCAAUAUCUGGCAUAUCAUCUCUCAGGACCCAUUUCAGUGGUUCCCAAUUGGAUGGUAUCUUUGAUACUACAUUGCCAACCCAAAACAUGUCACUUAACCAUUUUUCCACUACAGCAACAAAUUUUGAUGUGAGCAGCAACUACAUCCCCGAGCUAGCUCCGGCAUACCAGAUCCAUGAUCAAAUAUCUUCGCUACAUACGCAACCUAUGCCAUGCUUGGAUCAUCACCCACGGAGGAUGCCCUUUGGUAUUCCAAGUACAUUGGUGCCUACCCCACAACGGGAAUCCACUACAUUGGAUUCAAAUGAAAUAGGCAACAUGGUGAUGCAGUAGGAAUUAUGUGAGAGACCUGAGCCGGAAUUAUUAUUUUAAAAUAAAUAUUGCCGUUGUUCUUGGUGGCCAUUGGGGGUAUUUGUAAUGGUUUCUCACCUUGUUAAGCUCAGACUUGUUUAAGGAAUAUCUAUCAUUGUUGUUUCAGAAAGAACCUAUACAUUGUUGGUAUCCCAUAACUAAUAAAAUAUAUCAAAGGUUAUUGGACAAUAAAGUCAUGUGGUUGA